GUGUAAUGCAGAACGAAGUGAGUUAAAAAAAAAAGAAAUUUGCAUACUUACAGGUAGAAUCUGUGCGACAAAUUCUGAUGAGUGGUGAAUUUGAAGUGGAAGCAUGCAGGGCUGCCUCUCUCCCAGCACCUGUCGAAGAGGAGCAGCCUGAGUCCCCCACGUGUUCGACAACUGGCGCAAUUUGCUUCGGUGUUUUCAAAACCCUGAAGGGCGACGGUUGGACUGUCAGUAUUCGGCAGUCUCGGAAAGGAUUUAGGUGCAACGCUGUGAUAGACGCGGUCCUGCCACUGUCGCCCGAUGAAGUUUUUGACCUGCUCAUUGAUCCUGAAGUCAAAGAGUGGCGGCAAGUGAAGGAGUGCACCUUCCGCAAGGUGUGGGAAGAUGACGGAAACAGGCAGGCUGUAGAGGUUGAGCAGACAUCCCAGGUGUUUUUCAAGACCAUCCGGACCCGCAUGAACGUCAUUCAGGACAGGAGAGCAGGCACAAUGCAGUUCAGCCUGGCGAAGUCAGGAAUGCUGAAGCUUUGCAACGGCCAGUGGACUGUCACUUCUGUGCCCGGUGACAGCGGUUGCGCGCGAGUGCAGUUGGACCAGGAAAUGCAGCCAGCGUUUGUCCCCCCUCCCCCCUUCAGGCGCUUCAUGCGCAAGGCCAUGCUGGGCAAGGCUGCUCAGAUGCUGCACCAGAUGAGGGAAGAGGCAUUGCGGAUACGGCGGGGUGACUACCCGCAGAGUCCAGUGGAUGCGUCACCUGCCGCAGUGCUGACGGGGAUGAAAUCUCUGAAACUCUCCUCCCAGAGGAGCUUUGACAUCACUGCAAGCACUGGCGCGCCAGCAAAGGCAGGACAGAUGUCCUCGGCUCCCAUAGCAAGCCACGUCCUCACUUUCGAUGAGGAUGACCUGGACUGACCAUUGAUUUUCUUCAAUUUGCACAUGCAAAUGCUGCACAUAGACACAGAAAGUAUAUUGCAUUCGAAGACGUACAGAACUGCUUAGAUAGGUUUGGAUGAUGCUCCCUCCUGUGCUGAAGGGAAUGAUGAGUUGAAGAGUUCUUGAAGAAAUGAAGAGCUUGCGCAAAGAACUCUUCCCCGUCAACUAAUAAGUGUGAUUUCCCUGAACAUAAUUGAUAAGCACGGUAGACAUAGGUGCGUGAUGACUGACUUGUGUUGGAUGCUGCGUGUUGCCGACUGCAGUGCCUGAUGCUUUAUUCUUUACCAACUAUAUAGUGUUUCAUUGGGGUGUCCAACUUGGAGGGCAUGAAGUCAUGGUACAAAAGCAAAUGCAUAAUUAGUACUGUUGUUGGUUGGAUGCAACUUGUGAGGUACUCUGUGGCCUCUAGGUCAGUACUUUGACAUGUUACCUUCCAUUAGAUUUCCCAUCUCUAGGCGAGUCACUCGAGGCGAUGUAGUGCUAGCUUUGUUUAAGGGCUGCAGAUCAUGCCAGUGUCAGAUUCAGCUUCAAAUGGAAUUUGGUUACAGACACAACUGUUGCCUGUAACAAUAGAGCUCGCCGUC